AUGGCCGAGCUGUCGGACAAGGCUGUCGAGUACUACACCCUGGAGGAGAUCCAGAAGCACAACCGCAGCAAGAGCACCUGGCUGAUCCUGCACCACAAGGUGUAUGAUGUGACCAAAUUUUUGGAGGAAAAUACUGGUGGGGAAGAAGUCUUACGGGAACAAGCUAGGGGAGAUGCUACAGAAAACUUUGAGGAUGUCGGGCACUCGUCGGAUGCUAGAGAACAGUCCAAAACAUGUAUCAUCGGACAGCUGCAUCCAGAUGACAGAUCAAAGAUAACCAAGCCUUCGGAAACUCUCAUUACUACGGUUGAUUCAAAUUCGAGCUGGGGGACCAACUGGGUGAUCCCAGCCAUCUCCGUCCUGGCCAUGGCCCUGAUGUACCACUUCUACAUGGGGGAAGACUAA